AUGACCGUUGAUAAACUAAAUAUCGAGUCCAUUGCUGUUAUUGGAGGUGGCCCUGGCGGUAUUGCAGCUACUUAUGAAUUCCUCCAUACUAAGGCUGACGGAACAUCCACUGUAGGUGGUGCUGUCCCAGAAUUCAAAGAAAGAGCAUUCAAGAAGAUUGUUGGUUUUGAACAAAAAGAUAAACUUGGUGGUACUUGGGCCACGUCAAUUGAUAAACCAGAUGUUCCUGACGAUAAGAUUUGGGAAGAUGAGUACUAUAAACCUGAAGUUAUUCAUCCAAAAAUUGAAACACCAUCUGAUUUAAGUGAAGGUAACACAUAUGAUAAACCACUAGUUGUUGAAGGUGCUAAUAAUAAUAAUCAAUGGAGACGUUCACCAGUUUAUCCAGGCUUAUAUACAAAUGUUCCAAGAAGAUUUUUAAGGUUCUCAUCAAUCAAAUAUGAACCACCUGCUAAGGACUCUUCUAAGCAAAUUGAUCCAUUAAUUACCUAUCAAGAAGUUGGUCAAGUUUUAGAUAAAUUUACCGAUGAUAACAAAUUAUUAGAUUAUUUUAGAUUGAAUUCACAAGUUCAAGACGUCAAGAAAACCUCAGAUGGAAAAUGGGUCUUGACCAUAAGAGAAACAAAAGAUGGUAAAGAUCAUUGGUAUAUUGAACAAUUUGAUGCUGUCGCUGUUGCUAGUGGUCAUUAUUCAGUCCCAUAUAUUCCAAAAAUUGAAGGUUUAAGUACUAGAGAGCCAGGUUCUUUCAUUCACGCAAAAUCUUUUAGAACUGUUGAUCAGUUUAAAGAUCAAAAUGUUAUAAUUGCUGGGUCUUCUUUAAGUGGUGUUGAUAUUGCUCAAUAUUUACAUAAAGUUGUUAAAAGUCUAACCUUUUCACGUACACCAAAUAAACCAGAAAUUUUUCCAUGGAUCAAAGAAGCUGUUGAAUCGUAUCCAAAUCGUGCAAGAAUUAAUAAAAUUGAUGGAAAGACCGUUUAUUUCGACGAUGGAACUUCUCAGGAUAAUGUUGAUAAAAUCAUCUUUGCAACAGGUUACCACUGGGAUUAUCCAUAUUUGAGUGAUCAGUUCUUAAAGCUUUCAAAUCCAAAUGGUGGUAAAGACCCAAUUGGUAGUUCAAGAAUCAAAGGUUUAUUCUGGGAUACAAUCAACAUUAAUGAUCCAACUUUAGGUUUUGUCGGUGUUACUUUGAGUUCUUUACAAUUUCAUACUAUAGAAACAUCUGCUGCUGUUUUAGCUGGUAUUUGGUCAAAUGCUAAAACAUUGCCUCCAAAAGAAGAACAAAGACAAUGGGAACAAAAGAGACUUGAAGAAACAGUCGACUCAUAUAUUUUCCAUUACUACCCACCACCACAAGUCAAAGAAGAUUAUGUUGAUAAACUUUGGACCUAUGUCCCAAAAAACCGUCCUUAUUUGUUAGAAAAUGAAGAUUUUGGUGACUUUGACAAGGCUAUUGCAGCUGCUGAAAGUGUUUUCUAUGAGGUUAGAGAAGGGAAAUACACUUAG